CCAAAAGGAGCGGAAUCUGAAGAGCCAUCCCUCAUCCCUUUCCUACUUCCUCCUCCGGAUAUGGCCAUCGCUGGGGCCGCGAGGGCGAUCGUAUGCGACCUGGGCCAGCAGAGGAAGGAUUCUCCGCUGCCACCGCCGGUGCUGAGGGUCCGUCUGGCGGAGCCAUCGGCGGAGAGCGGAAAAAUCCUGCUCCAGCCCCGGCUCUGCACGCUGAGAUCGUACGGGACGCGUGAAGGCGGAGUGAUGAGGAGAACGUCAGUGGGGGACGCGUCGUCCUUCUUCGCGUCCCUCGCCGACUAUAUCGAGAGCUCGCGCAAGAGCUACCACUUCGAGAUCGUCUCCGGUCGCCUCGCCAUGGUUGCGUUUGCAGCUGCAGUCUCCGUGGAGGUGGUAACGGGCAACUCCAUCUUCAAGAAGCUGGACUUGCAGCAGAUAGCCGAGGCCGCGGGGGUGUGCGUGGCGGUCGUGGCUUGUGCCGCCACCUUCGCUUGGUUCUCGAGUGCUCGGACCAGGAUCGGUCAGAUGAUCACCCUGGGAUGCAACAGCUUCGUCGACGCUCUCAUCGACAACAUCGUGGAAGCCCUGUUCUACGACAGCGAGCUGAGUGACUGGUCCGAUGAGAUAUAGCUGUGCUAGUAGUGAUUACAGAUACAUACGUAAAAAGUACGUGAUACCGGAGCAGUAAAUAGCAAAUUGCUCUGUUAUGCACGCAGAAAGUCUGCAAGAGUUUGUAGCAAAGAGGAUGCCACCAUGGGGAAGUGGCGAUACUGGGAGUAUUAGCGUAGCAGAUUACCACCGCGGAAUUCUGGUGGUAUUGGUAGCGAAUCUUGUAUAAAAAAAGAAGAAGGUCUAAUAGCACAGAUUAACAAUAUUGUACUUUCUUGAACUUUGUGAGGAAUCCUCUGCUAUUGGCAUUGGGAGACACGCUUAGCUCCUAGUGGAAAUUGUAUUCUCGUGAUAUUGAAGAUCUUACGAGUAUGUUUAUAUGGA